UGGUUGAGGGUACCCCCAAAGGCGGGGCCGGGGGAGCAACGGGCCCUUUGAUGAAGAGCAGAGGAGAGGCCUGGGUCCUGCUCAAGGGGGAGGGGAGCCGAAAGGAGAGGGAAGCCCGGAUACCCGCCUGGGAGGAGACCCUCGGAAACUUGGCGGGCGAGCAAGAGCAGAGAGUGGGUUCCGCUGAGGAAAGGAGGGUCCGAACUUCACUCUAGGGGCGCGUUAGAGGCCUUGGCCACCCAGUCGAGGAAAAAAGAGGUGCUUUUCCGAAGGUGUGUGAAAAGGUGUGGGUAGUGGGAGCAGGGGGACAAGGACGAGGACCUCCAAGGAUAGUGAGCAGGCCUGUGGCUUCCCAGAAAUGAGGGGGCAGUGGGAAGAUACCUCAGGGCCUCCUACAGUAGAAUGAAAAGGAUCCAAAUCUUUGUGAGGGAAUGAAAAGAGACUUGAACAUCUCCUUUAUGUAUAGAUAGAGAGCAAGGUAGCCCAUGUCCGAGAUGGGGAAACCCAUCUGAGAGCUGGAGAGAAGAUCGUGGAGAGGAAAAAGCGUAGGAUACUCCUGCUUUCUGAAAUCGCAAGGGAGUUGGCCAGGUGUCCCCUAAUUGAGGAAUAGGAGAGAUGAGGGUGGAAUCUUACUCGAGGGUCUUGGAGAGUGAUCCACCCUAGUAAGGCAUCUCAAGCCUUGACGAGGGAUCAGGGGAAGGCUUAGCUAUCCAAGGAACGGGAGGAGACCUGAAUUCUGUCAAGACAGAAGAAAUUGCAAAACCACUUAUUGACAGACAGGAAAGGGGUCUUGCUUGGUGGCUAUUAGGACCAAGAAGUGGGAUUUUCCUGUUUAGUGGAGGAUUAGGGAAAGGGACUAUCAGAUGACUCUAGUCUCAGAGGAAUUAUUUUCUCCCACCUUGCUUCCUUUUUAUGGUCAUCAAAGUUCAUUUGGGAGACUUUUUAAUGAAAUGGUUGAACUAUUUUCUCUUCUUUGUCAGUCUUCUAUCCAUUGUGUGUGUUUAAUGUCUACUGGCUGAAGUGAUGACUUUUUCAUUUAUAUUUACUUAAGAAAAUACAUUGAAUAAGUUGUACUCAACUUUGUUAGAUUAGCUGGGACCCAAUUUUGGUCUUGUCCUAAGCGGAGGUCUUCUGGAUUCUAGUGGGAUGACCCUUCAGAGAACCCUUUUAUCUCACUGUUUCCCAAAUACCUAACAUAAACCAAGAAAAGACAAACCCACUGCUGUUGAGGCGAUUCUGACUCAUAGCAACUCUAUAGGACAGAGUAGAACUGCCCCAUAGAGUUUCAAGGAGCGCCUGGUAGAUUUGCACUGCCAACCUUUUGGUCAGCCUCCCAGCUCUUAACCAGGCUUUCCAAUACCUAACAUAGUCUCCAAUCUGUGAUUUAUCCAGAACUUCAUUUGCUCUGGAUAGUUCUCUCACAGUGGUUCUCUGUAGCCUACUUGUUGACAUCGUUACAUCUGUUAGCACUCUGGAGCACCAACUAAAUGGAUGAGGAAAAAAAAAGAGUUUCGGCCUCAAGUAAUAAAAUUUUAACUUGAAAAUUGCUUAAGAAUAGACCACACAAUCUACAAGGGUUACAAUAGAGUGUGGAAUAAAUACAUUUUGGGGUUAGAAAAUUUCAGAAUAUUUGACAUUUCUAUUACUUUCAACUACUAACUCUAGAUAUCCUUAUAAUCAUGUGACACUCAUCCUUAUCUCACACACAGCAUCUUGCCAUGUUUUAGACAUUGGUUUUUAGGACACACACAAAAAUGAAUUUAAUCCAGAGUAGGUCAGAUGUCAUUUGUUUAGGUUUCCAAUAGCUUAUCUGAGCAGUCAUGCUCCCUUUGAAGGUGUCUUUUUUGUCUUUGAAAAUAACUACAAAGUAAUUCCUACUUCUCAGGAAAGUUUGACGUACUUCUUUUACGUGUGUUCCCCUAGAAUUACAAAGAGUGUUCUGUGAUUCCACAGUGAAUACUCUAAGGCCCCUUCAAUGAAAUACCCAAAGGAUCAACUCAUUCAUCUUGCCUCAGGAGUUUUUAUUGCUAUAAACAAGAGCUACUCUUCACUUUACGUUAAGCUCAAGAGAUGACUUGCAUUUAGCCAAUAUAGUCUGUAGAGCUUGUUUCAGGUUACCGGUGUUUAGGGUUAUAGAUAUUUAUUCCAAAUUGCUUCUCUAAAGAAUGUUUAAGAGUUUCCAGGUUGAAUCAGACCUGUGUCUCUGACUGACACUAAGAAACAUUGUGGAUGAUUAUAAUUAUCUUUUCUAAUGAACUCUCAGAAGUUUAGAGAAGCAGCCGAAACAUUCCUCUUAGGUUCCAAGGUGUGGGAGGGGUAAGGAGUAAAAUGUGAAUUCCUAUUGAAGAAGGUAUUAAUCAAGUACUUAGUUAACCACUUAUUCAGAAUGUUGUAGAGGGGACUCAGCCUUGUGUAGAGGGUUGAAAUCCUUCUAAUUAUGCUCCUAUAACCCAUUAAUGUACCUAAGAUAGUUUUGUUUUAAAUUUAAACUUCAUUUUUGGAAUAAAAACCUCCAUGAAUUUGCUAUAUGCUAAAGUAUUACAUCUUUUAAAUUAAUUAAAAUACGAAAUAGUAAUAGAAUGGUGCCUGACGAAUAAUGAGUGUCCAAUAAAUGUUAGCUGCUAUUAUUAUUUUAAUUUACCCUUCAUUUUGGUGGUGCAAGCUUUGAAGAUAUUUAUUGGUUCAUUUAUUCUAGGAUUUGAUAGCAUUUGUAUGUUUGAUGAUAGCCCUUUUGGUCUUUUCUAGACUCAAGGGUCUUAGUGGUUUUGGUUCUACUGAACCAGUGCAUUGAUUUUUUUUUUCCCCCUACUUUUAAUCCUUUAAUUUUGAGUAAUUCAGAUUACCUACUGUAAUAUUUUACAGUUGUUUUUUCCCUCUAGUAUAUGACAGACGUGCAUCUCUUUCCCUUCUGUGGUUCCUUAAGAGCAGAUAUUGUCCCUGUUCCUAUCCAAGGAGCCUAACUCUGUUCCUAUGUGGAGUAGAUACAUAGUAAAUAUUUGUUGAACUAGCCAUAUGAUGGGUCACCUAGCUGCCUAGAAUUAACACUCCCCAAAUUAACUUCAGGGAGAAUUUUUAUACUCCCUGAAGUUAGAAAAGUAGAAAAUUCUAGAAAUCUUUUAGGGUAAAGCUAGUCAUUUAUUGAACAAAUAUUUGUUGCAUACCUGUGUGCCAGGUAAAGGUUCAGUUAGGCAGUUUUGUAGAUAGAAGUCUGAUAUUCAAAAACUAUUUCUUACAUUCCAUUGUGCUGGGCACUGUGCUAGACACGGAGGAACUGUAGAAUAAGAGAAGCAGUCCUUAUUCUCCCAGAAUGUAUAGUCUGGGGAAAGAAGCUGACAAAGUAGGAUGAUGGUUGUGACGGGGGCUGCAGGUGCUGAGGGAGUAAGAACACAGGCUUGAAUCUAGGAAAGGAAGUUACAGAAGGCCUCCCUGAAGAAGUGGUAUUUUAUGUAAGUCACAAAAGGUUAGCAGGGACUAGCCAAAGAGGAAGGGAAAAAGAAUUCCAGGUAGAGGAAACAAGUGUGAAGACUCACAUAAGGAAAUAUGGUAUAUUUGAGAAAUUGGAAAAAAUUCAAUGAUAGGAGUCCAGAAUGUGAGGGGAGGAACUAUGAGAAAUGAGGCCAGCAGGUGGGCGGAUUUGGAGGAUGUUGUAAGCCAUGUUAAGGUGUUUGCCCUUUAUUCUAAUAGCAGUGAAAAUCCACUAAAGAAUUUUAAAGUAAAAAAAAGCCUGUGGCUUUUAUUAAGGUCCCUUUGGCUGCUCUGUGGAGAAUGAAUUGGAAGAGACCAGAGAUUAGGAUACCGAUGAGGAGCAGCUGGAAAAAUCCAGGCAAGAGAAGGUAGUAGCCCAGAAUAUGAUGGUGGUAGCCAAGAUGGAGAAUGGGGGAUGGUUAAAAGAGAUACACAGGUGUUAGGAUGGAUAGGAUUGGUGGUUGAUUGUGUUUACAAAGAGAAGGAAGAGUCAAAAAUAACUCCUUAGUUUCUGACUUGAGAAAAUGGGUGGGGGUGGAGUCAUUUACCCAGAAUAGAAGCAGGUUUGGGAGGCCUUAUGGGUUCUAUUCAAGGUGCCCACAAGAUCUUCGAGGCAGUUGGACAUAGCGAGUGUAGCAUUUAGGAAAAAGUAUGACUAUGAGAAUCAUAAAGGGCAGAAGUAGAAGUCAGAUAUGAGAAAUUUUAACUUGGUUAGCUGCAAACCACAAUCAAUUGAACCAACACAUAUCAGUGCCUAGGAUGAACAAGGCUGAGGGAGACAUGCAGAUUUUUAGCUAAGACACAGCACCUGUCCUCACAGAGAGUGCAGUGAUGGAGACCUAAGUCUAUUCAGUUAACCGCAAUACAGAGCAGAGUGUGAUAAAUAUAGAUGAGAGCUAUAAACCAAGUGCUGGGGGAACGCAGAAAAGAGUGGCUUGACAGUGGAUUCAUGGAGGAAUAGCCUUUGAACUGGACCUCGAAGGGAGAAGGAGAUGAGGGAGAAAGUUGUUUUGAGCUUAUUAGUAUUCCUAAUAACAAAGGCACAGAAACCUGAAAGUACAUUAUAUGUUCAGAGUACAGUGGGUGGUUGGUAUGGCUGGAGCUUAAGGUUCUUGGGACAUCAUAGUUGCAGAUAAGACAGGAAAAGUAUUUUGGGGUCAAAUGAGGGAGACCUUGAGUGCCAUGGUUAAGUAUGUAGUAUAGGCAAAAAAAUGCUAUGGCAGACUUGAGACUUAGAAUUAAGUCUUUUAACUACUAGUUACAUAUUUAGACUUUCAUGCAUUAUGUGCCUUCUCUGUUUAGGCAGCCUUAGACAAAUUCCCAUGCUCACAUAUUUAAGUAAAUACAGUGCUCUGACCGAUACUCUCUUACGUGACUCUCUCUUUUCAACCAUGAAAACUAAUAGCUGUAAAAUACCCUGGGGCCCUCUGAGUUUUCAUUAAGAUUGAGACAACGCUUUGAGUUACUUUAGAGUCAAGAAGCUCAUGAUGCUGGACACUGGUUUCCCCAACAGUCCUGCAAGGGGAUAUGAGGCGAGAUCAUCUCUCCAUUCAGUUUGAGGCAAAGAGGUAUUAAGAAGUUCCUAGAGGUCAUACAGGUGGCUUCAGCAUUUUUUAAACAACCACACAAUGUAAUCCAUCUUCCCUUUCUCAUUCAGCUUAGUUCCGUUAGUCAGCAGAUACUUAUUAAGUAUUCACAAAGGACUGAGUACUUGGUGAGGCAUAAUGGCUGGUUCCAAAGAAAAUAGAUAUGAUUCCUGCUUUCCAGGAGCUUAUUGUUUGAGAUGGAACUAAUGGUGUACUGAUACACCAGCUUUCCAGGAAAACAAACAAACUCUGAUUUGUAGGACUUGUCAAUUUCUGUGGUGUAAAUACUUGCAGCAUUGCUGAUUUCAAACUACCAACUUAGGUGUCAGUGAAUGUGGACUUGGGAAGAGAUAACACACAGUCGGUUCUCACAAACUGAUAGAAUUGGCUCAAGCACACCACUAGAUGAAUCAGACAUACUAAGAAAACCUACAGUAGCUAGUGAGUACUGAGGCAUUUCUGGAAAGAUCAGAGCCUAUGUCAGCCCCUUCUCACAGUUCCCAUCCUUUUCAGAGGACCAUAGUCUCCAGGGUGUCCUUGGAAUUGGUAGUCAUUAUUUUGGUAUUCCCUUCCUAUGGGUCGCUAUCUUUUCAAACCAGAAAAAAAUUACUUGUGUUCUUAUUCCUGAUAGCAGCUCAUCUAUCUGACUUCAUGUGAAAGAUGGCCAAUGCAGAAGUGAGUGUCCCAGUGGGGGAUGUGGUUGUGGUACCCACUGAAGGAAAUGAAGGAGAGAACCCUGAAAACACUAAAACCCAGGUGAUUUUGCAGUUACAACCUGUGCAACAAGGUUUGUUUAUCGAUGGACACUUUUACAACAGGAUUUAUGAAGCUGGGUCGGAGAACAACACAGCAGUUGUGGCAGUAGAAACUCACACAAUACACAAAAUUGAAGAAGGGAUUGACGCAAGCACUAUAGAAGCAAACGAGGAUAUGGAAAUUGCUUACCCCAUAACUUGUGGGGAGAGCAAAGCCAUCCUCCUCUGGAAGAAAUUUGUAUGUCCAGGAAUAAAUGUGAAGUGUGUCAAGUUCAAUGAUCAGUUGAUCAGCCCCAAGCAUUUUGUUCACCUGGCUGGCAAGUCCACCCUGAAGGACUGGAAGAGAGCCAUUCGUUUAGGUGGAAUCAUGCUCAGGAAAAUGAUGGACUCUGGACAGAUUGAUUUUUACCAACAUGACAAGGUUUGCUCCAAUACCUGCAGAAGCACCAAAUUUGAUCUUCUAAUCAGCAGCGCAAGAGCUCCAGUGCCAGGACAGCAGACAAGUGUGGUGCAGACACCCACCUCGGCCGAUGGUAGCAUCACACAGAUUGCCAUCUCAGAGGAGAGCAUGGAAGAGGCAGGGCUGGAAUGGAACUCGGCCCUCACUGCUGCUGUCACCAUGGCCACAGAGGAGGGCGUAAAGAAAGACUCAGAGGAAAUUUCAGAGGACACUUUGAUGUUCUGGAAAGGAAUAGUUGAUGUCGGGCUGAUGGAAGAGGUUGUCUGUAAUAUACAGAAGGAAAUAGAGGAGCUACUCAGGGGCGUGCAGCAGCGGCUCAUCCAGGCUCCAUUCCAGGUCACAGAUGCCGCUGUUCUCAAUAAUGUAGCACAUACAUUUGGCCUAAUGGACACAGUCAAGAAGGUUUUGGACAACAGGAGGAACCAAGUAGAGCAGGGAGAAGAGCAAUUUCUCUAUACUCUGUCAGACUUGGAACGCCAGUUGGAAGAGCAGAAGAAACAAGCUCAGGAUCACAGGCUGAAAUCCCAGACGGUUCAAAAUGUGGUACUGAUGCCUGUGAGCACUCCUAAACCUCCAAAAAGGCCCCGGCUCCAGCGGCCAGCCUCCACCACCGUCCUGAGCCCUUCUCCUCCUGUCCAGCAGCCUCAGUUCACAGUCAUCUCACCCAUCACCAUCACCCCAGUGGGUCAGUCAUUUUCCAUGGGUAAUAUUCCAGUGGCCACCCUCAGCCAGGGCUCCAGCCCUGUGACUGUCCAUACACUGCCUUCUGGCCCUCAGCUCUUCCGCUAUGCCACAGUGGUCUCCUCUGCCAAGAGCAACUCACCAGACACAAUGACCAUCCACCCUUCGUCUAGCUUAGCACUGCUAAGCUCCACCGCUAUGCAGGAUGGGGGUACCCUGGGCAACAUGACCACCAUGGUGAGCCCUGUGGAGUUGGUGGCUAUGGAGUCUGGCCUGACCUCAGCAAUCCAGGCUGUUGAAAGCACUUCAGAGGAUGGGCAGACCAUCAUUGAGAUUGACCCAGCCCCAGACCCAGAGGCUGAGGAUACUGAGGGCAAAGCAGUCAUCUUGGAGACAGAGCUGAGGACUGAGGAGAAAGUUGUGGCUGAGAUGGAAGAACACCAGCAUCAAGUCCACAAUGUGGAGAUUGUGGUCUUGGAGGAUUAACUGGGGAUAUCGGGGCCAGGAGAUAUGUUUUGGUUUGGAAUUUUAAUUAUUUGUUUCUUUUUAUCAUUGUCCCACCAUUUCCACAUAGGAUCCUUUUUUUUUAAAAAAAAGAAAACAACAUCUUGUUGUUGUAACUGAAAAUAUUGGGUCCUUCCCACCCCCUCAUUGAAAAAUGGACAAAACAAACUGCCCUUUCAGAAGCUGAGAGUAGGUCACUCAAUGUCCUAACCUUCUUAGAUGAAGGAAGUUAUUCCCUUUAGAGGAGGCAUCAACAACCAGAAACCCUGCCCAGAAAGCCCUUUCCAGGCUAGCCUGUCUGUGUACACAUGUGGUUUUAUUUUUGUAAAGAGGCAUUGACCAAACUCCGGAACAGAUCUGACACUGAAGGCAACUCACUCACAUGUGGAUGCCUAAGAGUACUUUAUUUUGUAUCCUGGAAUGUGCAAAACUCUGAAACAAAAGGAAGUUGAACUCUGCUUGGAGGGAGAGGUGGUAUACCAGCAGCAGCUUGAAAAGGGAAGUGCUUUGGCAAGGAUGGGGCAAGAAAAUUAUUUUACUUCCAGAAGUGCAGCAGAUGUCUCUUAAGAUCUCUGAGGGUUACCACCAUGGGUGCCAGUUUUGAGAAGAAGCAGAUGAUGGGUGGAAGGGUACACCUUCAUGGAGCAAUGGCAGCAGUGGCCUGUGGCUUUGCAGAAAUAGAAAUCCAGGGGUGCCACAGCUGUGCUUUGGGGUU